AUGGCUCUCAUAUCGUCCACCACAAUCAUCACAUCCAUCUCCCUCUUCCACCUCACCCUAGCCUACUUCUUCCUCUUCAAGCCCAAGACCGUAGCAGACCAGGCAAUCGUCUUUGUUCUAGGAGAAAGCAUGAACAUGCCCGAAGUUCGCGGCUUCGACGUCCCCAGCCCAGCGCUAGCCCUCCUCGCCGUCAUCCUCGCCUUCUCCGGCAUCAGCGACCUCGUCUCACUGUCCAUGCCCGAGGAAUUCAGCGCCUUCUACUACUGGGGCACUCAAGCUCCCCUCCGCUUCUUCCUCUCCAUGCUCCUCGUCGCUUACUCUUACGCUUUCGGCCCCUCGUCAAUAUUAUUCAAGGCCUCGUCCUCUUCCUCCUCCUCAUCAGCGAGACGCCCAAACACCUCUUACAAAGCCUCUGGAUCGGGCACCGACCAUUUACACAACAGACUUCUCUUCGCAUUCAUGUUUGUCGAAAUGAUGGCUUGGUUCUGGACAUGGAUCACCCUGAGAGAAGAGCGGUCCGUCCUGGUCGAAAAGAUGAGAAAGCAGGAGGAACGAGAA